UAAAGAAGACAGCCUAAAAGUCUCUUGAAAGCAAUCUGAUCUGAAUUCCAAAGGAGAGGGAACUAGACAAGAAGAGUAAUGAACUUCCAGGGGCCCACAGUCUAGUUUGCAAAUACCAAGUUUCACUAGAUUUCCUGGUGAUUGUUUCUUUCUUGGUCAAAAUGUCUGACUCUUCCAAGGACAGCUCAGGGACUUGUGGGGAUGCUGGGAAACCGAGGCUGCCGGUGACUGGCAGAAGCUGCUUAAACACCAUGGACAAAAAAUUGAACUUGCUGAAUGAAAAGGUUGAUAAACUCUUGAAUUUCCAAGAAGAUGUGGCAGGAAAACUAGAGAGUGUGUAUCGAGGCAUUGGUGACCUGGAACGGGGCAUCAGCAAGAUGGCAGCCACUUCUAAGGCAGAUCUCCUCUGGGAAGGACUGACUAAAGCCCAUGUUCAGACGGGGUGCCCUGAGAUGCUGGAGUUGGUGAGGGCUGUGCAGCGGGACACCUCCCGACACAGCACAAUGCUUGAAGGGCUCCUCAAGAUGGUCACUGCAGUGGACAAAGCCAUGGCUUUGAUUGGAGUGAUUUUCCAGAAUUCUAAAGUGGUGGAUUUCAUCCUACAAGGAAGUAAUCCCUGGAGGAAAGGGAGCCUGGCUGAUGUUGAGAGUCUUGAGGAGAACAAGGAGAAAACUGAGGAGAAGGGGGCUAAACCAAAGCAGACCCUCAGCACUCGGGGAGUGCAAGCCGAAAUCAGGAGGCCUUUGGAAGAAAGCCAAAAGGCAGAGUCAUCAGAGGGGAAGGACAGGAGGCUGCCCCCAGUGACCCCUAAAGAUCUUGGAGUUAACUCAGACCCUCUGGGAGGGGCAGAGGCCUCCCCAAGGCAGGAUGAUGGAGCUUCUACCCCAGCCUCUUGCCAGAGACCCCCUGACUGUCCUCCAUCACCCAAAGACGCAGUAUCUAAAGACCCAGAGAAAACCAGUGACGUCACCCUUGUGCAUCCAGAUUGUGCAGUGGUACCACAGAGGCAGGGUGAAAUCUGCCAGGUUCAGGUGGCACCUGGGGGAGUAGAACAAGGAGGAGACAUGCCUGGCCAGCCUGCUUCUUGGCCAUCAGAAGAGGUGGCAAAGCCAGGUUCAGCACCCAACGCUGAGGUCCCAGGAGCCUUUUCCCAGCCCAUGGGAGCUCGGGGUGGAGGGGUGCCUCCAAGAUUGUCCAUCCAUGUGCAGGAGACAGAUACGCCAGGGGAGAUGUUGGUGAGCUGUGCAGGAGGUUGGCGUCGUUCUUCAGAGAAGGCCCUUAGACCCAAACCCUUGGCAUCAUUGUCCUCAGAAGGGGAAGGAAACCCAUGUGGGCAGGAUAUAUGGGUGCCCAUGGGUGCUUUCCAGCCCAGCAGAACUGAUCCCACUGUGAUCGGCCUUGAAAGGAAGUCUCCAGAAGCAGGACAGAGUGAGCACGAUCCACAAGGCAAGGAGAGGGCAACCAUCCUCCUCGGGACUAAUGACAAGAAAGCAGAGGAUAAGUCUGAGUCAGAAGGUCAACUGGCAAUUGGACGCAGCACUGCACAGAAGGAUAGGAGAGAGGCCACUGGAAGCUCAGAUGAACAAGAGAGAAACCCAGGAAAUGGAACCCAGGAGCCUGAAAAUGUGGCAACAGUUGUGGAGGGAGAAACCAUGGCUGCAGGAAUGAGUGUGCACUGUGAGAGAGCAGGUGGUCAGGUGUUGGAUGACAGCCCAGCCCCCCCAGCCCCUUUUGAGCACCGGAUAGUGAGUGUCAAGGAAGUACCGAUCACCACAGCCUACACCGUGUGCCAACAUGAAGUCUUGGGAGGGGGAAGAUUUGGUCAAGUCCACAAAUGUACUGAGAAGUCCACCGGGCUCUCUCUGGCAGCCAAGAUCAUCAAAGUAAAGAGUGCCAAGGACCGGGAGGAAGUGAAGAAUGAAAUCAACAUCAUGAACCAGCUUGGCCACAUCAAUCUGAUCCAGCUCUAUGAUGCCUUUGAGAGCAAAAACAGCUUCACUUUGGUCAUGGAAUAUGUUGAUGGUGGUGAGCUAUUUGACCGGAUCACAGAUGAAAAGUACCACCUGACAGAGCUGGAUGCAGUCCUCUUCACCAAACAGAUCUGUGAGGGCCUUCACUACCUGCACCAGCAUUACAUUCUGCACCUGGACCUGAAGCCAGAGAACAUAUUAUGUGUAAAUCAGAUGGGAAACCAAAUUAAAAUCAUCGACUUUGGGCUGGCCAGAAGGUACAAGCCCCGGGAGAAGCUGAAAGUGAACUUUGGCACCCCGGAAUUCCUGGCCCCUGAAGUGGUGAACUAUGAUUUUGUCUCCUUUCCCACUGACAUGUGGAGUGUGGGUGUCAUCACGUACAUGCUGCUCAGUGGCUUGUCUCCAUUUCUGGGGGAAACAGAUGCAGAGACAAUGAAUUACAUUGUGAAUUGUAGCUGGGAUUUUGAUGCUGAUGCGUUUGAAGGGCUGUCGGAAGAGGCCAAAGAUUUCAUUUCUAGGCUGCUGGUUAAAGAGAAGAGUUGUAGAAUGAGUGCUGCACAGUGUCUGAAACACGAAUGGGUGAAUAAUCUGCCGACCAAAGCCACAAAGUCUAAAGUUCGGCUCAAGUCCCAGAUACUGCUACGGAAAUACAUGGCUCAAAGAAAAUGGAAAAAACAUUUCUAUGCAGUGACUGCUGCCAACAGGCUUAGGAAGUUUCCAAGUUGUCCCCAAGCCUCAUCUAUGCUGCUUUGAAAGUUCUGCAAUACUUAGAGCUAGAGAUGAAACUAAGACAGGGAACUCUUUGUCUAGUGAUCUGGCCCUUUACUAUUAUUGUAUUUGAUUUCCUGUUUUUAAAUUGUGUAAGUAAUGUUAUUACUGUGGCCUGUCUUAAAUGUGGAUGUGAACUUGCUAUGUAAGAAUUGCCUUAAAAACUUUAUUAGGUGAUGACAGUAGGCAUGUUUUAAAUAAAAUGAG